GUCCUUGCUCCUGUAUCAGCCAUGUCGGUGUUUGCAAUCGAGGUCGAAACGCUUGGCGAGCAGAUUGCCGAAAACUUGCUUUCUUAUUGGAUUGAAAAGAUAUUCCCACCUACAUCAAACAACCAAGCUGAAUUUAUCCAAGCCAGUGCUAUAUUUACUUCAUCCGAUCAACGGAAUGCCAUGACAUCACGAGCUGUUACUCUACUCCAAGAUUAUGCAGAGAAACUCAUUCAGGCUAUUUCACGCCGUAAAAUAAUUCAGAUGAAGGCAGGAGAUAUAUCACAAGUGCCUGUAGAUGAGGUCAAUGAGAUUGCCCAGUCGUUCAAUCGAGCUGCAUUUGAAGAGCUGUCGCCCUCACAACGUCAGAUGCUUGCUUUGCGUGAUUUGCAAAAUGCAGAGCGGCUUGCUGGUAACGAUAUCAAGCGACUGUAUUAUGUGGUGGAAAUGGCCUCGCUAUUUCUUGUUGGUCUCAUAGAUGGAUCUAAAGGGAAAUCCACUGCAGCAGCAGCAUCUUCUGCUAUACCAGUACUUGAGAAACUUAUUGGAGUUAAAAUCCCAGGUAGUGAUCAAGGAGAAGGAUUUUUGAAACUAUGUAUGCGAUGUCUGGCGUGAAUAGAUGACCAAGAUGGUCACGGAUAAUGGUUUGCAGGAAAUGAAUAUUAAUAGUUUUCAAU